AUGCCUUCACAGCAACCUCCCGCUCCCUCUGGUGCCCCCAGACCACCUAUAACUUAUAGCCGUCGAUCCGCUACUUCACGCAAUGCAGUUGCCAUCAGCAACGUAGUCAAAAACGAAGCCAAGCGUGAGGAGACCCUCGACGGGAUCAGUCUCGGCACCCACGGCGGUAAUGACUUCUACAAGAACGCGGCACGAAGAGCCACCAACGCUGCACGGCAGAGCAGAUCGGGAGCACACACCAUAUCUUCUUUGAAAACUGGAAAGAGCGCGGAGAAGUCAGAAGUCCUACGUCACGCGGGAAAUCACAACGCCUGCGACGAAGAAGAGGAGGACAUUGCAGAAGCUAUUGCGCGCUAUCUAGGCAAGACAAUCGAAAAGCCCAACGUUAUACACCCCUCCCCCUUGGUACAUGACGACUCCGAAAUUGCCGAAGCGAAGAUCUUGUCGCUAUUGGCAGCUUCUGAACCAGCGAAGUCUACUGCUAGGGCUAACUCAUACGGAUCUACCGGCAGCGGCCCUACGUCUGGUCCGACUCCGCCACAUACUCCACUCCAUGCUCUCCUCAACCACAUCAGAUCAGCUGCGAAGAACGUACAAGAUCUCGACAGCGACGAGCUGGCCAGAUGUACUCCUGAGCUGACAUUCGUCAUGAAGACUUGGCAGAACACCGUAGCCAAGGUUCUCUUCGCGACCGAGGCCGCCGAGCUCAAGCGAAUCCAAGAUAUCCAAGGCCAUCUAGAUUACGACCAAGCUCUGGAGGAGAAGUGUCGAAUGAAGUUGGACGCGUUCGGGAAGCAAUGCGGAGCUCAAGUGCUACAGAUGAAACAGGACCAUCAAGAGGAGUUGAUGAAGCAAAAGGAGAUGUAUGAGGAUUACAUCUCCCAAGACAUGGCGAAGCCGCCUGCACCUCAGGCUCCAGCUUUAGUACCACCGGUGUUCGUCUUCACUGCUGGCGGUCGAGGCUUUCCCGAGCAGCAGCAGAUGUCCUCGGACCCGGGCCCUCCGUCCGAUGGGGGACCGGGUUGGGCUCGCAAGAGGGCUAGACUAUCGUAA